UCCGGUCUCCCCGCCCGGCCGCCGCGGAGCCACCUGACCGUGCGGGCGUCCCGGCCCCGAGGCCCGUGCGAGACUCACCUGCCACGUCACGGGCUCCCACGGCGGGCCGGAAGUGGCGUGUGCCUCCCGUGCGGAAAUCCCCCGGUGCGAGCGUCACCUCGGCGGUGCGGAGCGGCGCGGCUCCCUCUUCCCGGAUUCCGCGAGGGUUCCCCGAGGCGACAGGCGUCAGCGUCCGCUCCACUUCACUUUUGUGUCCUGUGCCAGGGGAGAGUAAAGAAGCAGUUUCAGUCACAAAGUAUCUGUCCGAACAACGACUUUGUCCUCCGAAACUCUCCUGUGGCUGCAUUUGAGGAACGGUUCCUUUGGCCUCAUUUGCCUGUCACGCACAUCUGCUGGUGUCUGAAGUCACCUGCCGCGAAGCUGCGUCCCCAGUGCAGUCGUCACACGCCAGCCCAGGAGCGCUGGGGAUCAAACCCAAGGCAUGCUAGACAAGCCCUCUACGACUGAGCUACCCUCCCAGCCCCACCGUCAAAUAUAUUUUGAAUGAAAACA